GCCAGGCCUCCCCACACGCGGCCGCCCCCAUCGGGCAGGUCGCCCUCGCCGCGCCGAUCCGCGCUUCCGCGCGGGAUGCGGUUGAUGGGGAAAUUCUCCGCGCCGUGCACGCGGGCGCGCCGAAUUCGCCGCUGCCGUCGCCGCCGCCUCCCACCUCCCGCCGUCGUCGGCCUCGAUCAUGACCGCUCCCCUCCUGCCGCUAUGCGCUGCCCUUGCCCUUCACUCACUUCCGUCCUGCCUAGUUUCUCGCCUCUCGCUCGGGCGCGCUGCAGCACGACGCGCGUUCACAACAACACGUGGCCGAUCAAAAACUUCGCGGCCGCGGUUGCUUUCGUUCUCCCUCCUCCGUGCGCGUCAGCCAAGGACACCCCUCCUUGUUGUACACACAUUGUAUGCAUUGAACGGACAUGGAUAAUCGACCCACAACGGGCUGAUCACAGCCCGCGGCGCGCAUUGGUGAUCGCAUGGAAUAGAGCCGACAAUCAUUCCCCCUCUCGCCUCCUCCCCCCUUCCUCCUUUCCCCCUCCCUGCUUCAUCAAUUCCUAUCUCUGAUAUAAUGCGCGCCCUAGCCAUCGUGCGUUCGAACGCACUCGUGUG